AUGCAGCGCUGCCCCGACGUGGCGCUCUGUGGCUGUCCGUGUCUGUAUGGCUGCUACGUCCUCUCCAUCAUCCCUACCUUCCAUCGCAGAUGCUAUUGGCUGUUGCAGAACCCUGACAUCGUGCUGGUGCACUACCUGAACGUGCCGGCGGUGGACGACAGCGGGAAGCCUUGCGGCCCGGUCCUCUGCUCCAUCAACACAGACAGGAAGGAGUGGGCCAAGUGGAGCAAGGAGGAGCUCAUUGGCCAACUCAAACCCAUGUGUGCGGGGAGCAGUCUGCACCAGAAGUGUUCCAGCGUGAAGCAGCGCAUCAUCUCCUCCAAGCAGGAGCCAGGUGCCGGGGCCACGGCCGGGACGGGGGCGGGGCCCAGGGGCGGCGCGGCAGAUGGCAGCGAGGUGCAGAACAGCGACGUCUCCGAGGGCCAGACGGACCCCAGCCCUGGGGGAGCCAGGGGCCGCGGCGGCGGGGGAGGAGGAGCGGGAGGAGGAGGAGGAGGAGGAGGAGAGAGGAGGAACGGCAGGAUAGCCAAGCCCUCCCUCCUCCCUCAGAGCAGCAUGGAGGUCUCCUCGUCCACCUCCGCGUCCACCUCCACCAAUCAGGUGGAGGUGCCCGACACCACCCAGAGCUCCCCGCUGUCCAUCGCCAGCGACCUGGCCGACAGCCCCGCCCUGGCCAUCGGCGCCGGCCUCUCGCAGAACGCCGCCGUGUUCAUGUCCGAGGUCACCACGCUGACCGGGGACUCGGUGUACUCGGCGGGACACACCCACCUGCUGGCCUCCCCCCACGACAACAGCCCCGCCGGGAUCCUGCUGGCCGUCACCCCGGACAACCAGAGGUUUGCCUCCUUCGCCGGCGCGGUGGGGCUGGGGGAAGGCGGGGAGCUGGUGCUGUCCAGCUCCCUGGACACCGGGGGCGGGGUCAACCUGCCCGAGACCACCAUGAACUUCGACCCCGACUGUUUCCUCAACAACCCCAAGCAGGGCCAGACCUACGGCGGCGGCGGGGGUAAGAACGAGGGCUGUAACGGGGAGGAUGUGGGGCUCCACUGCCCCGCCAACGGCUACGUGUACAACGCCGCGCUCGUCAACAACAUUAAGACGGAGGUCCCCGGCCUGGAGCAGCCGCUGGCGUCCCAGAGCGGCUACGUGGGGGAGGGCACCGGCCUCAGCCCCAGCACCACCCUGGAGCAGAUGGACUUCAGCGCCGUGAUGUCGUCAGCCUGCGUCCAGAACCUGACCCAACCCACGCACCACCCCUCUCCCAGCCUCUUCCUCCAGGCCUCCCCGCAGGCCAGCCAGCCCUCCCAAUCCCAGACCAACGGCUCAGACACGGGCUCAGGCGAGGCCCAGGCUUACAGAGGCCUGCCCUCGGUGCAAGCAGCCUCUCCCGUCACCAACGGAGACCCACACACACACCUCCGCCAGGCCAGCCCCGAGCAGCAGGCCCUGUGUGGUAGGAACGGGUCGGCUGUGGCCUCCUUCCCCCUGAAGCAACAGGACGCUACGAUAGAACAGACUGCCAGAAGGGGGCACCAGGGGGCUGGACAAGGGCCCGAGAGCAGGGGCGAGGCACUACUGAAGCCUGGGGAUCCACACGCGGCCUACGCUGCAGUCAACGGGGAACACUAUCUGCAGCCCACAGAUGACAGCGGAGGAGGUGGGGAGGGAGGUGGGGGUGGUGGGGGUGGCGGUGAUGGUGCUGGUGUUGGUGGUGGUGGUGGGGGGGGUGGUGGUAGUGAUGGAGGUGGCAGAGGUGGUGGAGGGGUAGACAAUGGGGGAGUGGAGAGUGAGAUCCUUUGCAACGGCGUGAGCUUGUCGGGGACCAACGGCUCAGUGGUGGCCAGUCCUCAGUCGAUAUCGGCCAGCGGCUGCAUGGACGGGGGGCUCUACGGCGCCGCCAUGCCCCAGCCGGGGGGAGGCGGAGGGGGAGUGUCGGCCUCGUCGGCUGGGGCGGGGGGCGCCAUCAGCCUGGAGGGCUUCGAGGCGUCGUUUGGCAGCCAGUUCUCCGACCUCAUCAACGAUUUCAUUUCGGUGGAGGGGUCCGGCGGAGGGGUGGGCGCGGCCGUCACAGGGGUGCUGAUGCCCCAGGAGGGGACAGCGGGGGAGGAGCCGGGCCCCGGGGCCGCCCCGCUGCAGGGCUCCGGGGUGGAGCAGGGCGCCAUGGGGAUGCUCCAGGACACCGGGAGGCUGUUCAGUGUGACGGAUUACUCACCUGAGUGGUCCUACCCAGAGGGCGGGGUGAAGGUGCUGAUCACAGGGCCCUGGCUGGAGAGCAGCAGCGAGUACAGCUGUCUGUUCGACCACAUCAGCGUCCCCGCAGCCCUCAUCCAGCCGGGCGUGCUGCGCUGCUACUGCCCAGCCCAUGACACUGGGCUGGUGAUGCUGCAGGUGGCCAUGGGCGGCGAGGUCAUCUCUUCCUCAGUGGUGUUUGAAUAUAAAGCCCGAGAUCUUCCUGCACUGCCUUCCUCCCAGCACGACUGGUUGUCCCUGGACGAUACCCAGUUCAGAAUGUCUAUUCUGGAGCGUCUGGAGCAGAUGGAACAGAGGAUGGCUGAGAUAUCUAAUCAGAAUCCUGGAUCAGAAACCAUGGCAGCCAAGGGAAGAGGAGCAGAGGGAGGAGGAGGAGCAGCAGGCACUGAUCAACCAUCUCAGGUGGGUGUUGUUGUACCACAGGGGUCAUUCGAGGGCCGCGUGGUGGUGGUUUGUGAGAAGAUGAUGGCUCAGCCGUGCUGGGUCUUCAAUCAGCUUGUGCACAGCAAGAGCUCCAGAGGAAUGACCUUACUGCACCUGGCCGCCGCACAGGGCUACGCCGGGCUCAUUCAGACCCUCAUACGCUGGCGCAACAAACAUGCUGACAGCAUAGACCUGGAGCUGGAGGUGGACCCUCUCAACGUGGACCACUUCUCCUGCACCCCACUGAUGUGGGCGUGUGCACUGGGUCACACUGAAGCAGCCGUGGUGCUCUACCAGUGGGACUCCAGAGCCCUGGGUAUACCUGAUUCGCUGGGCCGCCUGCCACUCAACAUCGCCCGCUCCCGGGGCCACACCAUGGCUGAUCUUCUGGAGCAACUUCAACAGGCUCCUCACACUCUCAGUCAACCUGCCGAAAGUUGGAUUCACAGGUGGAGCGGCGAAUCACAGCCCAGCAGUCUAGGUGACACAUCCGCCGGGAACUCUAAUCAAGAGCCAGGGAAGGCACGGAGUGAGAGCCAGACAGACAGCCAUACCCCCAGCUGGAACCAGAGUCACCGGCCACCACCGGGCAACGGCCCAGACCCGGGGGGUCCCCCUCCUGCUAAGAGACUCAAGCCCAGCCCAGACACCCAGCACCAGCUAGCCCCAUCAGCCCCCGCUUCCAACACACUGCGCCCGGCGCCCCCCAGACCCUCGCCCAUGCCAUCUGUCAGCCCCGUCUUCUUCCCCAAUACCUCGGGCCCCGACCGUCCCCAACCGGCCCCCAGCGCCCCACUCCCCCACCUGCAGGCCAGGAUAGGGGGGUCUGGACUGGGCACCAGGUGGAGCCUGAGACAGGCCCUGGGCCGACGCAGCCUGGCCAGGAGUAUUCGGGGAAAAGAGAGAUUGGCCAUUCACCUCCGCCAGAGAAUAUUGUCAGACAGAGGGGAGGAGUCUGAACUGCUGACCUAUCAGGACAGUCCAGAGGAUUUGCAGGCGGAUAUCAUGAUGCUGGCUGACCACAUCAUGGAAGCUUCACCGGACAGGAUGAAGCAGGAGUCCUCGGUUACCAUGGAGACCGACGCAGCCAUGGAGGGCAUCAACAGUUUGUUGGCUGGUUACCUUGGCGAUAUUGAAAGGUUCCUUCACACCAAGCCCCAGACUCAAUGCCCCAGGUUCAACCUUCUCUCAGGGCCGGAGUUUCAGGAAAGUCCCCAGGCUAAGCAAGGCCUGGCCUCCCCUUCGGACUGGGCCUCUGCCCUGUGUGCAGCUACGAAGGAGGGGAGGCUGAAGGCCGACUCGUCCCGUCUAGCCAUGAGCGAGGCAGAGCGGAGAGAACUGCAUGAGGCCAUUAGGCAUGCUCUACAAAACCUCAGAAGACACAAGGGUACCAUUCAGGAACAACGCAAAGAGAUCGCAACAGUGAUCCAGCGCUGUUACAAGAAAUACAAACAGUAUGCACUUUAUAAGAGGAUGACCCUGGCAGCCAUUUUGAUCCAGAGCCGUUUCCGGAGUUUCCAUGAGCAGAGGAAGUUCCAGCAGAGCCGAAGAGCUGCAGUCCUCAUCCAGCAAUACUAUCGCUCCUACAGACACUCGCUGAGCAGCCUCCUCACUAAGAGACAGAACCAGGCUGCCCGCAAGAUCCUGAGGUUUCUGCUACGGUGCCGUCACAGGGCCAGAGAACAGAGAAAGGCCAGGGGUCCUGAGGGCCUUACACGAGGCCCCGCCCACCACCCCCUCAGCCACUGAUGUAACUCCUCCCUUUCCUCUCCAUCCUCCUCCUCCUCUCUUCUACAUUCUCACUCCCCCCUUCUCUCCCCUCCACAAUUGCCCUUCCUCCUCAACUUCUCUACACCAAGAGUGACAACAAACUCUUCCCAGACGGACUGAGGACAAGACAGGUGUCCAUCUUGGCAGCUCUGACAGACUGAUGGGUGGAGCCCAUCAAAGCAUCCCCUCCUUCUAUCCCGCCGCCUCCGGCUCCCCUACUUCCCUCCUCCUGCUCUUGCUCCCACUCCACAAUGUCGCUGGGAGGCCAUCGCAUUAAGAAAAAUAUAAAAACAACCUCAUGGCAUCUUUGCACUCUUCAUGGGUAUGGUAAGUCUCUAGUGCCAGUCAGCGAGCCUAAAGUGUUUGGAUACGUCAGACGAUACGAACUCUCACCGUGGAUCACCAUAGAGCUGGGAGGCUGGAGGUGGAUGCUGCACAGACAUGGAGGAGGGAACAAAACCUGGUGCGUUUGGUAUCCGAAACGUGAUCCACGUAAGGAUGAGGAAGAAAAAAACAUAAACCAAAUAUCACUUCCAUGUUGCAUUUGCAUGCAGGAUCUUUAUUUUUCUGCUUACUCCUUCUCUCCUCAUGACACGUUAAGAGCAAUCACAGCAAAAAGAAAUACCCUGUUUGCUGACAUUUAUGACAUUACUCCCCCCCCGUCCCCCCCCCCGCCCCCCCCCCCCCCCUGCCAGCCACUUCGACUUUACAGGCUUACCAGCCUGUUAAUCAGUCACCCAGUAAAAAAAAAAAGAACACACACCGGAUGAACUACACUUGAAUGUAAGAGGGACAUUGUCAGAUAUUGGUCGGGGUCUGAAUUACGAUGUCUUAAUUUGUUACAUGGACUUUGUAUGGAGUCGUUCCCGGAGGCCGCACUUUGCUGGCCUGAUGUGGUGUGUCCGUGUUUGUUGAAUCCAAUGCAUGUGUUUGAGCUAGGAGCUCCUGCAUGCUUGCCAAACUGCUUUAGUGUCGUUUCUUUUUUGUAUUUCUCUGUGUAGUUGUGUCUUCACUUAUGUCCUCAUCAAACUUAUCCUUGCCCUGUGUAAUGUGAACUGUGUAUGGGGAAAAAUGACUUAUUUUCAUUUUUUAAGUUCUUUAUUUUUCUUUCUUUAUUUUAAACCUCAUUAUUUAUUUAAUGGUCUAAUUAUUUGGCCUCGAGAACGGUUGACGCUUGAUUCUCUCUUUCACUCCUUGUGUGGUUAAAAAUGUGACAUGUUCCCAAAACAGUUAAACUUUGUCUAUGUUAGUUUGUGUUCUUCGCGUGAACCUCGAAAGGCCUCGGAUUUUCGAGGGGAGUGUCAGAUGCCAUUGCCUUGACUUCUCCCAAUCUCUGGGAGGUCUCUAUGCUUGCUCUGUAGAGGACGGGUCCGACACCUGCGCCCCCUUCACAGGGAAUGGGUCCCCAUACGAGCCCACGUGGGCCCAUCAAAUCCAUAUUUUGGACUAUUGCAUAUUCCUGUAUAUAAACUGACGAGGUAAGGGGCUUAUGAAAACCCUGAAUCUUUUUUCAUAAGAGGACUGUAUUUAAGAUUAUAAAUUAUUUUACUCCCAUUAUGAGAACUUAAGACAACGACCUGGGUAAACAUGACGACUGUAUUGCUUGUAAAUAAUGUAGAUAUUACAAACCGAGUCAUGUGCAUGAGAUUUAAGACAAAGAAACAGCAACAAGAGCAUCUUAGUGGCUAAAGGACUGAGAUGAUUUUAACUGCUUCACUUUAAGAGUAUCCAAUAUAAGUGUUACUGAAAAUAACAUUUUCUUUAAGCAUGCAAUUGAAAAAUGUUAGAAAUAUAAGUGGGAAAAACAAAGUUAGCUGAAACAAUUAUCUUUCAAAAGAGAACAUUUACACUUUGUGCUUUUGUUUCUUAGCUAGCAAAAGCGAAAUCCCUUUUGCCAGUGGUGCCAACUACUUUGAAUGCUAUUUUGCCUAAUAAUAUGUUAUAUUUGGGAAAAAAGUAAACCCAAAAUAUCAGAACAUUUUAGAUCCACGGAGGCAAUACAAACAGAGCAUAACACAUGUAGAAGAUCUAGAACUAGUUCAUCUGUAAAGACCUUUAAAAUAUUAGCUUUUAGAGGUCAAGCUUGAUGAUGGUGAUGGUGGUGAUGGUGAUGAUGAUGAAGAUGACAAUGAUGGAGUGAUGAUGAUGAAAUGAUGAUUAUGCUGAAUUUUGUGAAUGCAAUGACAGAUCACAGUUACAGGUAAGAAGGCACUGUGUAUAAUGAAAUAGGGUUAUUUUACAGUAAAAUAUUGGAUUUUGAGGAGAUCGCCAUAAGACAGACAGUUUGGGCCUCCAGCCAAAGCUUUCAGUUGAAUCUAGAAUGUUCUUUCUCCCUCUUUCCGUUCCCCUUUUAUUUUGGUCUCCUCAUCCUACUGCCAUUGUAUGAUCCGUACCCUAUAAUUCUAGACAGCUCUGUUUAGAAAGUGCCUGCUCACUAACGUAAAGGAGAUAAGAUAAUAUCAGGAACCAUCUGUUGUAUGUACUCUUAAAGGUUAAAAAAAUGACCUGUUUAUUUUCCUAAAUUGUCUGUAGACGACUCUGCUCAAGGAAAUGUGUUGAACUUGAUGAGCCAAGUCUGAGUUAAAGAUGAGUUUGUCGGUGGUGUGAAUGGAUGCUUAUGCACUGAUGAUGUGAGGUUUUGCUUAAUGUCAGAAAUCCGUAACAACAGUUAUACUUCUCACCUCGGGUUACUUCAAUGUUGUUUUUUUGCAAUGUUAUUAUGAAAAAAAAACACGAAAUUCAGUUUCUUUGUGUGGUAGGCGCUGUCACAAGCGUUUAUUCAAAGUUUCAAUGUCAUUGUUAAAAGAGAUAUGUUUUUUUUCUGCAUGAACUUGUUUCUUUGACUGUCUAGAAAAUGUUCUUCCAGCGUUUAACAUAAAGCGAAACCAAGCAGUUUUCCCUGAAACCAAUUAUGUCCUACUCAUCCUCUUGUUUUGUGUUUCUCUAUCCUUUUCAUUUUGAUUUUCUCUCAUGUGCACCUCAAUGUACACAGAUGUGACACACAGAUAUGAGUACACUCAACCACCCACCCACCUCUCUCUGCACUCAUGUCUUUGGGAACAGUUCAGACUUAGGUUUUACUCAGGGUUGAAGAACGGGGAGAAGGAGAACACAGUGUGUGUGUGUGUGUGUGUGUGUGUGUGUGUGUGUGUGUGUGUGUGUGUGUGUGUGUGUGUGUGUGUGUGUGUGUGUGUGUGUGUGUGUGUGUGUGUGUGUGUGCAUGCCAGCGCAAACAUGUAUUUGUGUGAGUGUGUAUGUAGGUGUGUGUGUGUGUGCGUGUGUACAGGUGCGUGCGCUUUUGUAUGCAUGUGUGUUUCUGGGAGAAAGAUUUAGAGAUUGUAUGUGAGUUCGAGAUGCUCCACUUGGUCAUUGAUUAGUUAGUAUUGGUAACUGAAUAGCUUUUAAUAAGUAUAAGUAUAGGGUUUUUUUUUUUACAUUUAUUCACAAAAUGUUGUUUAUCAGAGUAAUAGGUAAAGAUGAAGUCAUUAUUGGCCUACUUAAAUUUCUAUUUAGAUUAUGAAGCAAUGUAAUGUUAGAUGUUUGCAUCAAAAUUACAUCAACCUCAAACUAUUUGGUGUAUUGCAAAUAGCUUUAUUUUGUUUACUUUGUUCAGAAGACUUGGAAGGCCCAAAUCCCUAUUUUUUAUAUAAACAACAACAACCUUUUUUAAAUUUAAAUAAUGGAUCCAUCCAGCUGUUUUAGAAUAUUUUAUAAUUUCAUAUUUGGAGCAACCUUCUUGUGUGAGUGAGAGACUGACCCCACUGCACUGCUUUUCCUCUCUGUUCCUGUGUCUCUUCUUCUUCUCAAACUUCUUACCAGAAACCUUUUGGAACGCAGACAUUGUACAGAAUCACUCGCUAAUCACACACACAAACACACACACACACACACACACACACACACACACACACACACACACACACACACACACACACACACACACACACACACACACACACACACACACACACACACACACACA